AUGUCACUCUGGGUAGAUAAAUAUCGUCCAAGAACCUUGGACCAAUUGACAUAUCAUGACUCUAUUACAAAAAGUCUUAGAGCUUUAGCAAAGUCUGGAGACUUUCCUCAUUUAUUAGUAUAUGGACCAAGUGGAAGUGGGAAAAAGACCAGAAUCUAUUGUACAUUGAAUGAAAUCUUUGGACCACAGGUUGAAAAAUUGAAAAUUGAUGUCAAAAAUUUUGUCACAUCAUCUAAUAGAAAACUAGAAUUUAAUGUUUUAAGUUCAUCGAAUCAUUUGGAAAUCACACCCAGUGAUAUGGGCAAUAAUGAUCGUGUGGUGAUUCAGGAUUUGUUGAAAGAUGUUGCCAGUACUGAGCAAGUUGAUUUUGCCAACCAACUGCGAGCUAAACAUAGAUUCAAGAUAGUUAUAAUCAAUGAAGCCGAUUCUUUGAGUAGAGAUGCACAAGCCGCUUUAAGAAGAACCAUGGAAAAAUACUCAUCAAACAUUAGAUUAAUUUUGGUUUGUAAUUCGAUAUCUAAUAUCAUUGCCCCAAUUAAAUCAAGAACAUUGCUAGUGAGAAUUCCAAGUCCUAGUGUCGAUGACAUCAAUCAUAUUUUGAGUCAUGUUGCAGAAAAAGAGUCUCUAAAAUUCAAUACUAACAACGACUCUGAAAUCGACCAUUUUUAUUCAAAAGUUGCUGAAGCAAGCAAUAGGAAUUUAAGAAGAUGCUUAUUAAGCUUUGAAACAAUAAGUAUGCAGGCUGAAACUAUCAAUGUUAGAUCAGAUGUUGCCAAAGUUGCUUUGGAUUGGGAAACGAUCGUUAGAAAUAUGGCGAUCAACAUCCAGAAGAAUCAGAAUGUGGCCACAUUAGCCAAAACUAGAGUGGUCUUGUACGAGCUAUUAUCACAUUGCAUUCCUGCAAGAAUCAUCUUAAAAACUUUAUUGUUUGAUUUAAUUGACCUUUCUAGUAAAAAUAAUCAAUUAGUUCUUGAAUUAAUAAACCAGGCAUCGAUAUUUGAUGAACGAUUGAGCUUGGGUCUGAAGAGUAUUUUCCAUUUGGAGGGGUUUGUAGCUAAAUCGAUGGUAUCUAUCAGCAACUUAAAGUAG